AUGUCUGGCACCUUCCCUGUGCUCUUACAGCUGCCUAACGGUCAGACCAUGCCAGUCGCUAUACCUGCGUCUAUAACAAGCUCAAGUGUACAUAUUCCAACUACAAUCCCUCUUGUCAGACCCAUCACCGUAGUGCCUAAUGUCCCCGGGAUCCCAGGACCUCCCUCCCCACAGCCACAGCCCGCCCAAUCAGAGGCAAAGCUGAAACUGAAAGCCACGUUAAGCCAGCAGUUUCCUCAGGUAACCAAUGGAGAUGGUGGUGAAGUCCAGAGCACCGCUGUAACUCACACUGCAGCUCCUGCUUCUCCAGCCCUGACCCUGACCCCGACCCCUACCCCAACCCCAACCCCAACUCCAUCCCCAGCUGUGGCUGCAGCUAUGACUCCAGGUCCAGGUCCAAUUCCUCACCUGCCCACAACUGAAGAACCUUCUCCCCAUUCUCUACAGCAGCCAGCCACCUCCACCACAGAGACACCUGCUUCCCCUGUGCCCCCUGCCCCAAACCCUCCAAGCACAGGGGGUCGACGGCGCAGAACCACAAGUGAAGACCCCGAUGAGAAGCGGCGCAAGUUCCUGGAGCGUAACAGGGCUGCAGCAUCUCGCUGUAGGCAGAAGAGGAAAGUGUGGGUCCAGUCCUUGGAGAAGAAGGCUGACGACCUCAACUCGAUGAACGGACAGCUUCAGAAUGAAGUCACCCUGCUGAGAAACGAAGUGGCUCAGCUGAAGCAGCUUCUUCUGGCUCAUAAAGAUUGCCCUGUAACCGCCAUGCAGAAGAAAUCUGGCUAUCACAGUGAGUAAUGCUCCAUUAUUCUCAGCCCGAGGCUUCCAGUGAAACGCUUCGGAAACGAGCUCCAGCUAACCACCAGAAGCACGUCUUACUUACGGCCAAACAGAAAGAGCCUUUGACAUAUGAGAUCCCAUUCUUUCAUUUUUUGUUUUUGUUUGUUUUUGAGAAACUUUGCAAAAGUUCAGAUAUUUAUGAGCAGGUGUUGUUUGAGACAAAUUCUCACUGGCAGUGUGAUGUGAUGUCCGAAUCCUUUCAAGGGGCCACAGGUGGUAUCCACGAACAAGCGAUUGUUUUCUCCUCAUUUGACACCGAAAUGAACAUUUGUUAGAUGAUGCUAAAUGUCAGCUGUUUGCUGCAGGAAGGAUUCUCAGAAACCAAAUGUUUGGGUUAUUUUGUAACACAGACAUACAAAAAUGUAGUCUUUAUGAAUAUUUUAAUAUAAUAGAGGAAACCAUUUGCAUCCACUUUAUUUAAAUUUUCUCUUGUCAGCCUGUUUGGUGUCGUCUCCAUGCUGCUGCUUGUUGGUCACAUGAUUUCGUUUAGAAUUAUAUCACCCAUACUUCUUCGUUUCCAAAGACUUGAGGUUCUGUCAUUUUGAUUUUAUGGUCAUAACUCACCUUCCCUCACAGAUGAGCCAGUAUGUGAUGAGAACGAGUGCGCUCCAAGCCACUUCUCCACUGUGUUUUCUAAAUGCCUCCACUGACUUGUAUUGACAAUGAUUGCCUCUGAAAUGAGUCCAUUAAAGCAGCAAGCUUGACAAGACUGUGGAGCGUUCUCGUUGUGGGGUGUCCACCAAGCUUGGCUGUUCAUUAUGCAUCCCUUAUAACUAACCAGCCCACUGACACACGUCAUGUGCAUUAUGGGACUGAUGGGUUCCAGGCUAGAGUGGGCUGUCAGAGCCCAGUCUCAUUUGGUGUCGUCUGAAUUGUUUUUAGCAGGAGCUGUGGAUGAAUUGGGUCAUCUUUCUCAUUUCUGUUCUGGUGUUUCUAGACCUUUUGUAAAAAAAAAAAAAAAAAAAGACAUUGGCAGCAUUUUUUACCCUGUUUGAAAAAAAAUAUAUAACCUCAUCCAAAUACCCCAGUACAUCAGUUCAGCUCACGAGGACAGGUUUGGUAGGAAAGCAAACUUAUGGGUAAUGUGGGUGUGAAAAGAGAAUGAAAUGAUCUGUUUUACUAAUUAGUAAAGCACACUAUUUAACUCUGACUGAUCCACAGCCCUCACUCUUGUAACGGCCUCAUCAAGCUUCUCAGUGUUAACAUGUCCCGUAAGGCUACACUGCCCUCCAGACCUGGUAAUACCCUUCAUCGUCCUGCCCAGGCGUAGCCAUGGCAGGUGGGAGGACAUUAUCCAGACUGCCCCGCAAACAAGCCAGGACAUGCUUUCAGUUGGCACACUGAGCUGUCCAUCUGCUUGCAGCGAACGCCGAAUUCAGAAACCAUGAGAGCAGAAAGAAGCUCCGGCAGCCCCGGGGAAGCAGAAUUUUUUAGUAUUGUGAUGUACAAGCCAGCCAGCCCCUAAUGUCGUUAGGAGUAAUAAUGCUUACUUGAAAAAUGGAACAAAACCACCGAGCUGAUUUAUUCAGAGGUUGACCUUCUGCAUAGUAAAGCAGCAAGGGAGUUUAGCGCUUUGACAUUCACUUACACUAAAUCACACGGUCAAAAUCUUGUCAAGAAGACAUUUGUAUUACACUUCAGUUUUAUCUUAUUGCUAUGGAAUCCAUAUUUUACCUUCUCAAAAACCCAACCAUUAAUUACAAAGUGCCGUAACAAGUGACUUCAUAUCAUUAGCAAUAUUAAUUAUCAUUGUGCUCCUUAUUCCUUUAUGAAACAGAGCAUGAGAGUAGAGUCUUUUUUUUUUCCAUCAGGAUCCAAUUAAUUCAAUGCAACUGCCUAACAGCUGGUGGCAUUUCGACUCCAAGUCUUCCCUACUCUCCAGUGUGAGCAUCAUUAAAAUCAGGUGCUGUAAUCAUCUGUCGCUGCAGUAGUUGGCAAGGUAACAAAAAACAAAUGAGAAUGCAGUUAGGGAUGGGAAACACUGCCACAUGCCCCAGAAUGUAAUGUAUCCUUAUGAUGUGGGUUUAAAUUGACAUUGGAGCUUUAAUUAAAGGAAGGGGUGCAGAAGUGGCAUUAUGGGGAUUAAUGAAAUGGUUUGCACACACCACACGCAAAUAGCUGUUUUACAUUCGAUUACGUGACGAACCAUUUCCUGAGCUUUUCUGGAUUACAGCAGGUAAAUGCUGGUAAUUAAAACAACAGCAGGAAACAGAAAACGUUACAGCUGCUUUUUUCUCUU